AUUACUCAGUUCUAAGAUGGUAUCACCAGUAGGUAGGUCCUGCCGCCCGCCCAUGCUUCGCAACUGCGAAGAUUAUCGAGUCAACACUGCUACUGUACCCCUGACAAUUCACACAGAUUGACAACACCUCACUGCGGUUACGAAAGGGCAACGGUCGCAGACCGUUGACCAUGCAACUCAAUAGUCAGAAUCGCAAGAGUCAAGAGUCAGUGCCACGGCUCAAAUUUGAAGGGUAUUUCACCCUGAUUGCCCUUGCCAGCGGCCGCUUUUUCAGGAUCACCUUGAUUUUCAAAGGGUAUUUUUUUGUGACACUUUCUCUAAAAUUGUAUUAUUUUUUUUACCCUGCUGUAGCCAGAGUAAUCCGUGAUCUACCCUGACCAGGCAGGGUGUUGCCGAAAACACCAUGAAACAGAAGCCUACAAGGCCUACAGAUUCGAUUGUUGUCGAAUCUGCCACGCGUGAAACCGCGCCAGCCAUGCCCGCCCACUGGCAGUCAAGCCCCCCAGAAUCGGCGCGCGUGGCAACUGGCCAAAGGCCGCGACAGUCCGCAUGGACGCAGUCGACCCUCUGGGGUGCGCCUCCGCCUCGCCGCCCAGCAAGCCCGCCUCCCGCGCGCCCUUCUCGCCCUGCCGGGCCUGCUGGCGACUCUCUGCCGACGACCGCUGCUGAGGCCGAGUAUGCAGUAAUAAAGAACCAUUUCGACAACGACUUGUCGAAACGGUUCUCCUGGCUGCGGCUACAUCGAAUGAGGAACGGACGACCUGCUCUCAAGUGCGCCACGUGCCUCAAACACGCCGACCCAUGUGCGAACACGUCGUAUGGUAUCAAGGGUGAGGGCAGGCGUGAUUUGCAGCUCGGCAGCAUCCGCUCUCACAUCGGCACCCGUGCGCACAAAUCGGCGCUCAAGGCGGAGGAGGAUGCUGAGAAAGAGCGCGCGCGACAAGUGACGCUGACCCGCUGGCAGCGGACGGAUCACCAGACACGGCAUCUUAUCCGCAUGCUGCACAUCGCGUUGUUCAUUUGCAAGCAUGAUGCGCCCAUCGCGAUGUUCAUCCCCCUGUGCUGGUUCCUCGCGAAGGAAGGCCACCCCGAUCUGCCGCCAGGUGGUGGGUACGGCGCCUACUACACAGAUUAUGGUUUCAAGGAGAGCAUACGGUCCAUGUCGGAGUAUCUGCAGGAGGAACAGCUGAAACACCUUUGCGCCUCUCCCUACGUCGGCAUCAGCAUCGACGAGAGCACGGAUCGCAUCCACGGGAAACAUCUCGUACUCUACGCGACGUUUUUCAAGGGCAACACCGUGGCAACCGAGUUUGUCACGUUUCUGAGUGUCGAGCAGACUGACGCGGCAUCUCUGACCUCCUCCCUCUUGCACUACAUCCAGGGAAUUGGACUGGACCUGCAAAAUAUCGUGGGCAUCGCGGCUGAUGGAGCUUCCGCAAUGACUGGCGAGCGGAGCGAAGUAGUGACCCGUCUGCGUGUACAAAUCGAGCACCUCGUCUCGAUUCAUUGCAUUGCCCAUCGGUUUGUUGCGGUUCGACGGACGUAUAAACUUUCCGAUGAUAUGCAUGGUCGUGCGUUAUAUUCCUGGAAGUAACAUCAGCCUUUCUACUACUCUUCCCCUAUCCUCCCACCCCGCCUUUAGG